GGGGCGAGGAGGAGGGGAGGAGGCAGAGCCGCACUGUCAUUACGAGUCCAAGUGGAGGAGGCAGGAGCGGAGACGCAUUAUUGCAGCAGCGUGCAGAGCCACGGCGGAGGAGGAACCCUCCUGACUGGACCUUCUCUGAGAGCAGGAGUCCGAGCUGCACCUCCGUCCGCGGGAGGAGAGCCCCCUGUCUCUGGGCUGGAUUAUAAAUCAGACUUUAAAAAAUAUAUUUUGCCACCGCCGCUUCUCAGCGCACAGCGACGCCUGUCAGUCACGGAGGGACUUUGCUGACCACGGGCAUUAUUUCAAUAAUAAAUGACCGCAGGAGGAGCAGCGCUGCACCUCCCUCCAGACCUGACUCCACUUCUGUCUCUCUGAAAACCAGACUUCAUCCGGGACCGGUGCGCACAAACUCCCAUCUCUCUCCUCCUCCUCCGCCUCCUCCAGUGAUCCGUCGUUACCCCCCGUCCUUCUCUUCCACCUCAGACCCUCCCUCCUCCUCCUCCUCCUCCUGCUCCCUCCACCGCUGCUCCGUGCGUCACUUCCAGCCGCUGCAGAGAAGAUGUCUGCCCCAGAUGCCGCAGCCCCAGCAGCAGCCCCGGGAGCUCCAGGAGCCCCCGGUGCAGAUGGAGCCCCAGGUGGACAACCAGCGGGGCCCCCGAACACCAGCAGCAACCGCAGGCUACAGCAGACACAGGCCCAGGUGGAGGAGGUGGUGGACAUCAUGCGGGUAAACGUGGACAAGGUUUUGGAAAGAGACCAGAAGCUCUCAGAGCUGGAUGACAGGGCAGAUGCUCUCCAGGCCGGAGCCUCCCAGUUCGAAAGCUGCGCAGCCAAACUAAAGAACAAGUACUGGUGGAAGAACUGCAAGAUGAUGAUCAUGAUGGGCAUCAUCGGAGUCAUCGUGGUCGGAAUAAUCUUCUUGUACUUCUUCUACUGAACUUAGCCGUCGCUACAGAUGGACAUGGACUUGAGAGGGAGACAAGAGGGGGAGAAAAAAAACAGAACAACAAUAACAACUAAUGCAACUCCUUCCCUUUUACUCAUCUCCUCCUCCCUCCUCCCCCCAACUCCCUCUCUUCCAUCCAACCAUCCUGCACUUAAACAUGACUUUAAUCUUUAUAAGUACCUCUGCAUUUCUGCCCCCCUCCCUCUACCCCCCGCCACCGCCUCCUUUCUUGUUGCAUUCUUCUCUGGUUUUGCCCUGACGUUUCACUCACGCUCUCCUCUCUCUGAACCUCAUGUAAUAUAGAUGACAGCGGGGGGGGCGGGGGGGAGG